AUGUCCGCUUCUAUUUAUAUUGCAUUAACACCAAUUAUGAUUUACCCUUUUAAGAGUAGAAUAGGCACAUACUUAGCAACAUCAUUUCCAGCCGCAUAUGUCAAUUAUGUCGUAUCUGGAAUUCCAGUUUUCAAUUCCAUAUGGCCAGCCAAAGAAAAUAUGAUGGUGUCAAUGACAACAAUUUCGAACCAUAUUGUUUCGUCGCCAAUUUUCUACAUAUUAGUCGGAAUUUACAAAAUUAUUGAAAAUAAUAAGAAACUAAGAGAAGAAGGAAUGCCUCCGGAAAAAUUUUCAUUCAAAAUACUUGUUAAUUUAGUAAUAUCGAUAUUCAAAAGUCCGAUUCUUAUUAGUGUUUUAUGUGGUAUUGCUUAUUCAGCAACAGGGCUAACAUAUGUUCCUUUUCUAGAUAAAUUAAUGCAAAUUGCAGGAGAUAUGGUCUAUGCAAAUGCACUUUUGUGUGUUGGAAUUUUUUUAGCACAACAUUCAUUAAUCGCCUGCAAUUGGUUACAGUUUAUAUUCUGUAUGUUUUCUAGAUUCAUGAUUGGACCAUUUUUCGCAUUACUUUGGUGCAAAGCUCUGAAAUUAUCAAAUCGACUAUCAAGACAAUGCGUAAUUAUAUGUGCUCAGCCAACAGCUGUUGCGUCAUAUGCUAUUACAUGCAGUAAUAAGCUUGGAGAAGGUGUUGCUUCGACAAUGAUCUUUUGGACUUCAAUUUUGCUUGUCCCAUUUAUGGUUCUUUAUACUAGAUAG